AUGCCUCAAAUGGAACGCACCGUAACCAGAUCUGACAGCAGACCCGCGCCCACACGAAGGCUCCCUCCUCCCAGAGGGCUAAUCAAAAUCAGAGCCGUCAAAACUCUCCUGAGCGCCGUCACGUCGUUUGCCUCCUCUUUGGUUCCACGCCCACCCGGUAACGGAGAAUCCGACGGAACUUCUCACACCACUCACACCUCUCCUUCCACCACACCACCCCUUCCGAGUGCCUAUAACUCCGACGCCGCGUCACCCUAA